AUGGCCGAACUUGCGACAGACCUAUACUGGCCAGAGCCCGUGGACGGCAGCGGGCAGUCCGGUGCCCUGAUCAAGACCUUGUCGCCAACGGAGGAGGUAGUGAAUGGGCACGCUGCUGAAGAGAAAUCUUUGAGUAAGAAGGAAAAGAAGGAGAAGAAGGAGAAGAAAGAAAAGAGAAAGAAGACGAAGAAGCAGAGUUUACUGUCAAUUCAUUCUCCUUCUGCAAAUUGCCAAGAAACUAUCUUUGCGGAAGAAUCCUUAGCAGUUGCGCCAGUCACAGUGGCAGAGGAUCAAGAACCGUUAAUCACUGUUCCUGAGGUAGAUAUCCUGGAAACCGCACUACCCGAGGAGAAUCCAAUUCCAGAGGCCGAAAGCGGUCAGGGCCCAUCAGCUGAGUCUCUCCUUCCAGAGCACAUCAAUGGCGGCAUGGAGACUGAUAUAUCACCACUUGCCCUUGAGGCACAGGAGCUCAUAUAUCUUCCGUUCAGCGCCCAGCAUAAACUCAUGGUGCAUCUACAGGAGCGUCUCGAGGCCAUGUGUUUCUCUUUCGCACAGCGGGCCCUCCCGCAUGCUCUCGAAGCUCGCGGUUGGGAUUGUCCAGAAAUGGUCCAGUUGCAUCUUUGGAUGAAGCACCUUGCAUUCCAACAGUAUGUGGAGGACAAGGUUCCUGAAAUGGAACUACGUGCUCAAUUGCUCAAUUCCGUAAGCGAGAUUCAGCGUUGCGCUGUUAAUCGCAGGCGAAUUGAUACGAGUAUGUUAGAGGCUCUUCUCUCAUCCGCCUUGGAACUAGCCAACCUUCUCGAGGAGGAACAUUCAGUCAACGAGCUUGAACAACUGCGAAACAGCGUUAUCCAAACCACUCAUCAUCUUGCGGAGCAAACGCAGAAGCUGCAGGCCAAAUACGAGACGAAGUUACAGGAGAUCACCGCUGCUCGGACGAAGUUGGAUGCCAUGGAGGAGAAUACCAAAGCCGCACUUUCCAGAAGGUUGGAGCAGAGUCGCUCUAUGGCCAAUGGCAGAAUCAUCAUGCUUGUACGCGACGCAGAAUGCCUAACCCCAAAAGUAGCUCUGCCGGGGGGAUCAACGAGAUCUUGUCUUGAUUGGAUGAAUGACCUUGAGAGUAGUCUGGCUCUUGGUGAAGAGGAUCAUGAGGACUAUGUCGGUUAG